AUGUGCUCCACAGCUUCCAUCCUCAACCUGUGCAUCAUCAGCCUGGACCGCUACUGGGCUAUUUGCCAGUCCCUUCAGGUAUGAGAGAAAAAUGACUCAAAGGGUAGCUUUCAUCAUGAUCGGUGUAGCCUGGACUUUAUCUAUCCUGAUCUCCUUUAUACCAGUGCAACUUAGCUGGCAUAAGUCCCAGGAGACAGAUAUGGAGCCUGAUGCCACCAAUCAGACAGAGAACUGUGACUCGAGCCUCAAUCGGACUUAUGCCAUAUCUUCCUCCCUCAUAAGCUUCUACAUACCUGUGGUCAUCAUGAUUGGGACUUAUACCAGAAUUUAUAGGAUAGCUCAGACUCAGAUCAGAAGGAUCUCUUCUUUGGAAAGAGCUGUAGAGCACGCUCAGAGCUGCCACCCAGACUGUCCUCAUGAGAACUCCUUGAAGACCUCAUUUAGGAAAGAGACUAAAGUCCUAAAGACUUUGUCUAUCAUUAUGGGGGUAUUUGUUUUCUGCUGGUUACCAUUCUUUGUUCUGAAUUGCAUGGUGCCCUUUUGUCACAUUGAUCUCCCCAAUGACAGUGACCCAGAGCCUCCAUGUGUCAGUGAGACCACUUUUAGUAUCUUUGUCUGGUUUGGUUGGGCAAACUCCUCUUUAAAUCCUGUCAUCUAUGCAUUUAAUGCAGAUUUUAGAAAAGCCUUCACCACCAUAUUGGGAUGUAAUAGGUUCUGUUCUAACACAAAUGUGGAAGCUGUCAACUUCAGCAAUGAGCUGGUGUCUUAUCACCAUGACACCACUUUCCAGAAGGAUAUACCCGUAACUUUCAAUAGCUCUCAGCUUCCCAAUGUGGUGACUCAGGAUCAGGAAGACUUGGAGGGACAUUGCUUUGACCAAGUAUCUAUUAUAUCCAAUCCACAUGGAAGUAGAAGCCAAAAGAACUUAUUAUUGCCUACUAGUGUGCAGUUUGAAUGUGAGGCUGAGAUAUCUCUGGAGACAAUCACCCCCUUCACCUCUGCAGGACCCCUAGAAGGCCACCAACAUACAGAAACCAAUGAAGAAAGACAAUAUUCUACACAACUCUAUUAA